AUGAAGGUACAGACGGCGACUUUUGUCGCUUCUUCUGUUUCGGCAGUCACCUUGCUGGCAUGUCUUAUAGCAAUGUUCUCCAUUUAUUCUGAUGUCACCAGCCUUUGGAUUGAGCUCGAGGAGGAACUCGGCAGCUUCAGGCUCACAACGGAUGACCUUUGGAAAGACAUUAUGAGCAUUGGAACGAAGAGGCGAGUCCGUCGUCAGUACGAACACUCAGAGAAACCAAGCCAACACUACAGCGACGGUUCUCCUUCAGUCCCUCCUGGAAGCCCUCCAUCUACACCACCAGUGUUCGCUAACACCCCAGGAGUCAACGGAAUCGGACCCGAUUGUAAAUGCAACGCUAACAACAAAUGUCCUCCAGGACCGCCAGGACCGAAAGGAUUACCCGGACCUCGUGGUCCUGACGGAUACCCCGGACAAGAUGGCAAGCCAGGAGUUGACUCUGAUGAUGUCGCACCACAGCGCGACACAAAAGGCUGCUUCUACUGCCCCGUCGGACCUCCAGGUCCACCCGGAGCGCUUGGACGCCCAGGACCGCGAGGACUUGCGGGACCAAAGGGUCACGAUGGAAAUCCGGGACGCGAUGGAAUGCCGGGUAAUCCAGGAGAACAAGGACCAGCUGGACCAAUUGGAAAGAUCGGUGAGCCAGGACCACCAGGAGAAAAAGGACGUGAUGCAGAACAUCCAAUUGGCCGUCCUGGAGCUAAGGGUCCACGCGGAGAUCCGGGUCUUCCUGGUCCACCUGGUCUCAACGGACUCAAUGGACCUCCCGGCGAGCCCGGACCGGUGGGACCGCCUGGACCAAUGGGAAGCAUGGGACCGAUUGGUCCUGAUGGAGAACCUGGUGAGGAUGGUCCAGAUGGACGUCCAGGAAAAGACGCUGAGUAUUGUCCUUGCCCAGAUCGCGCCUCUGAUUCCGCAGUA